AUGUCAAAUUCUUCGCCCAUUCAGGUUGCAAGUGAUUGUGAGGAACAAGCCUCAUCAUUGUUAGAUAUAGAAUCUUCUUCCAAAAAACGUCCCCGAGUUAAAGACAAAUAUUGUUCUGGAUCAAAGAAACCACGUACAACAUUUAAUCAUGUUUCAGCAGAGGACGUAGUAGUAGAGACUGACUUAGAAUCAAAUAUCAGAGAUUUGAUUGAACAACUUCCCUUCGAAGGUGAAAAUUUAACUGAAGUUCGUGAGUUUGUUGAUUUUGAGGAAGUAGCAAUAGGGAAUAUUGAUUAUAAUAAUGAUGAGCAAGAGGAGACGUUUUUAAAGUCAAUAGUAGCAGCA